AUGGAUACCACUACCACCACACAUGGAGGGGACAAGCCACAUGGCGACACGCCCGUGGCCGUCCACGAAGAGGACCUCCAGGUGUCCAUCAAGUCACUGGAAUUGCUUGAGGAACCGGAUCCAGAGAUCGACGGGCGUAUAAGGCACAAGUUCGACCGACACAUCCUGCCGUGGCUGUUCGCCAUCUGGCUCUUCUCGUUCCUCGACCGCAGCAGCAUCGGCAACGCCAACAUCGCCGGCAUCUCGCAGGAUCUCAAACUCGUGGGCACCCAGUACAAUCUGGCCCUCAUGCUCUUCUACAUCCCCUACAUCUUGGUCGACAUACCGUCAAACUGGAUCGUCAAGUACUGUCGCGCGGGCUUCUAUCUGCCAGCCCUCAUCACCGGCUGGGGUCUUGUCUGCACCUUUACGGGUUUCACGAAGAGCUUGGGGGGUCUCAUCGCCGGGCGCCUUCUCCUCGGCUUCUUUGAAGGGGGUCUCGUUCCGGGCAUCCUCAUCUACCUUGCCAUGUUCUAUCGCCGGAGUGAGAUGGCUUACAGGAUUGGACUCUUCUACUGUGCCGCUCCGUUGAGCAGUGCAUUUGGUGGCCUACUCGCCUCCGGCCUUGCGAAGAUUGAGGUCGGAUCUUACCAGAAGUGGCCUUGGAUCUUCUUUGUCGAAGGUUCCGCUACGGUCCUCGUUGGAAUCACAGCGGCGAUGUUUCUGCCAGACAGCAUCACGCACGCCAAAUUCCUGACGCCAGAGGAGCGGGUCGUCGCGCACAGGCGAGUCUAUGGUGAUGCGCGGGCGGCGAAUGGAAUGGCCACAGUCGAGCAAGAGAAGUUUUCAUGGCAUUGGGUGCGCAUAGCGCUCUUUUGCCCGCUGCCGUGGCUCACUUCUGUCGCCUACAUGAUGAUCAUUGUGCCUCUUUAUGCCUAUGCGCUCUUCCUCCCCACCAUCGUCCACUCUCUCGGAUACACCUCGACGAUCGCACAGCUGCUGACCGCUCCGCCGAACGUGCUGGGCUUCUUCAGCGUCCUGCUCGUCACCCGUCUCUCGGAUAAAGCCGGGAUGAGAGCGCCGUUCAUGGUCGCGGGCGGCAUCCUCGUCGCGACGGGCUACUCGAUGCUUCUAGGGUCGGAUCUCCCUGGCGUCAAAUACGGAGCGACCUUUGUCAUUGCGAUCGGGCUAUACCCAGCAUCGCCUUUGUGCCUCGCAUGGCUGAGCAACAACGCCGCGCCGCACUACGUUCGCGCCACGUCGAGCGGGUUGCAACUCGGCGUUGGCAACUGCGCGGCCUUUAUCGCGACAUAUUCGUAUCUUGCCAAGGACGCUCCCGAAUACACCAUGGGCCACAGCAUCAACAUCGGCGCCGCCAUCCUGUUCUGCAUCAUGACCACCUCGACGAUGCUGUACUGUCGCUGGGAGAACAGGCAGAGAGAACAAGGCGCCCGCGACUGGCGCCUGACCCAGCAGGAUCCCACGCGCCUCGGCCAUUUGCAUCCCGAUUUUCGGUAUACCUUGUGA